AGCAACAUCAGUCUCCAUCCUACUGUUCCUCUGGUGAACCAGGUUAACUUGAAGUUGCAACAAGAUGCCUCAACUCCUGCAAGGCAUUGUCUCUGUCAUCAAUGUUUUCUACCAAUAUGCCACUGAACAUGGGGAAUGUGACAUGUUGAGCAAAAAAGAGAUGAAAGAACUUCUGGAAAAUGAGCUUCACCAAAUUCUGAAGAAUCCAGAUGAUCCAGACACUGUAGAUAUCAUCAUGCUAAGUCUGGAUCGUGAUCAUAAUAACAAAGUGGAUUUUAUUGAGUAUCUUCUGAUGGUAGUCAAGUUGGUUCAGGCUUGUAAUAAAAUUAUUGGCAAAGAUUACUGCCUAGCUUCAGGGUCAAAGCAGAAAGAUCAAAGUCACCAGCACCAAGAGGAACAGAGUGAAAACGAAAACAAAGAGCAAAAUAUAUCUUCAAGUUAUUCAAGUUCUAGUGCAGGAGAGAAUGACUCUUAUUCCAUUGGCUCAAGAGAAAGCAAUAAAUAUGAGUCUAAGUCUACUUCAAGAACACCAAGGUAUGGGAAUCAGGAAAGUACUGAAGAAAUAACAAACUCAAGGCAUUUCAAAUAUACUGAAGAAUAUGAACAGGGUCAGCAUGGACCAGAAUCAACCCAUUCAUCUAAACACAAGAGAGGGAGAUGUAGAUCAAGGAAAGCUUCUGACUUCCAACAACAUGGCUCUGCAUCAAGACAGUAUUCUACCUCAAGUACACAAGGAUCUGGUCAGUCUUCUGGUAUUGAAAAAUGUGGCACGUCAUCACACCAAUCAUCAGCCUGCAGUUCAGGGGAGUCUACUAGCUAUGGACAACAAGGGUCAUCAGGAACAAGCCAGUCAUCUAGUCACAGGCCAAGCCGGUCUAGCUCAUCAGAGUCUUUUGGCUCCCAACAGUAUGGGUCUGGCUCAAGAGGAGCUUCUGGCUUCAGUCAACAUGGAUCUGGGCAAAGCCAGUCUUCUCGUGGUGGCCAGCAUGGUUCUUUCUCUGGACAGUCAGCAGGCUCUAGUCAACAUGGAUCUUGUUGCGGUCAGUCCUCUAGCUACGGUCAGCAGGAAUCUGGCUCAGGUCAGUCUCCCAGCUUUGGCCAGCAGAGCUCUCACUCUGGUCAGUCUUCCCACUAUGGCACAGGCAACUCAGGGUCAAGACAGUCUUCUAGCCACAGGAGACACAGCUCUGGCUCAGGACAGCCUUCUGGUUUAGGUCAGUAUGGGUCUACAUCAGGACAGGCUUCUGGCUCCAGCAGGCAAGGAUCUGGACAAGGUCAGUCAUCUAGUACCGGACAAUAUGGUACUUCAUCAGGACAGUCUUCAGGAUGUGGUUCAGGUCAGUCCACUAGCUAUGGACAACAAGGGUCAUCAGGAAGAAGUCAGUCAUCUAGUCACAGGCCAAGCCGGUCUAGCUCAUCAGAGUCUUUUGGCUCCCAACAGUAUGGGUCUGGCUCAAGAGGAGCUUCUGGCUUCAGUCAACAUGGAUCUGGGCAAAGCCAGUCUUCUCGUGGUGGCCAGCAUGGUUCUUUCUCUGGACAGUCAGCAGGCUCUAGUCAACAUGGAUCUUGUUGCGGUCAGUCCUCUAGCUACGGUCAGCAGGAAUCUGGCUCAGGUCAGUCUCCCAGCUUUGGCCAGCAGAGCUCUCACUCUGGUCAGUCUUCCCACUAUGGCACAGGCAACUCAGGGUCAAGCCAGUCUUCUAGCCACAGGAGAAGCAGGUCUACAUCACGGGAGUCUUUUGGCUCUCAACAGUAUGGGUCUGGCUCAAGAGGAGCUUCUGACUUCGGUCAACAUGGAUCUGGGCAAAGCCAGUCUUCUCGUGGUGGCCAGCAUGGUUCUUUCUCUGGACAGUCAACAGGUAGUCGUCAGCAUGGGUCUGGCUCCAGCCAGUCCUCUAGCUAUGGUCAGCAGGAAUCUGGCUCAGGUCAGUCUCCCAGCUUUGGCCAGCAGAGCUCUCGUUCUGGUCAGUCUUCCCACUAUGGCACACACAACUCAGGGUCAAGCCAGUCUUCUCACCACAGGAGACACAGCUCUGGCUCAGGACAGCCUUCUGGUUUAGGUCAGUAUGGGUCUACAUCAGGACAGGCUUCUGGCUCCAGCAGGCAAGGAUCUGGACAAGGUCAGUCAUCUAGUACCGGACAAUAUGGUACUUCAUCAGGACAGUCUUCAGGAUGUGGUUCAGGUCAGUCCACUAGCUAUGGACAACAAGGGUCAUCAGGAAGAAGUCAGUCAUCUAGUCACAGGCCAAGCCGGUCUAGCUCAUCAGAGUCUUUUGGCUCCCAACAGUAUGGGUCUGGCUCAAGAGGAGCUUCUGGCUUCAGUCAACAUGGAUCUGGGCAAAGCCAGUCUUCUCGUGGUGGCCAGCAUGGUUCUUUCUCUGGACAGUCAGCAGGCUCUAGUCAACAUGGAUCUUGUUGCGGUCAGUCCUCUAGCUACGGUCAGCAGGAAUCUGGCUCAGGUCAGUCUCCCAGCUUUGGCCAGCAGAGCUCUCACUCUGGUCAGUCUUCCCACUAUGGCACAGGCAACUCAGGGUCAAGCCAGUCUUCUAGCCACAGGAGAAGCAGGUCUACAUCACGGGAGUCUUUUGGCUCUCAACAGUAUGGGUCUGGCUCAAGAGGAGCUUCUGGCUUCGGUCAACAUGGAUCUGGGCAAAGCCAGUCUUCUCGUGGUGGCCAGCAUGGUUCUUUCUCUGGACAGUCAACAGGUAGUCGUCAGCAUGGGUCUGGCUCCAGCCAGUCCUCUAGCUAUGGUCAGCAGGAAUCUGGCUCAGGUCAGUCUCCCAGCUUUGGCCAGCAGAGCUCUCGUUCUGGUCAGUCUUCCCACUAUGGCACACACAACUCAGGGUCAAGCCAGUCUUCUCACCACAGGAGACACAGCUCUGGCUCAGGACAGCCUUCUGGUUUAGGUCAGUAUGGGUCUACAUCAGGACAGGCUUCUGGCUCCAGCAGGCAAGGAUCUGGACAAGGUCAGUCAUCUAGUACCGGACAAUAUGGUACUUCAUCAGGACAGUCUUCAGGAUGUGGUUCAGGUCAGUCCACUAGCUAUGGACAACAAGGGUCAUCAGGAAGAAGUCAGUCAUCUAGUCACAGGCCAAGCCGGUCUAGCUCAUCAGAGUCUUUUGGCUCCCAACAGUAUGGGUCUGGCUCAAGAGGAGCUUCUGGCUUCAGUCAACAUGGAUCUGGGCAAAGCCAGUCUUCUCGUGGUGGCCAGCAUGGUUCUUUCUCUGGACAGUCAGCAGGCUCUAGUCAACAUGGAUCUUGUUGCGGUCAGUCCUCUAGCUACGGUCAGCAGGAAUCUGGCUCAGGUCAGUCUCCCAGCUUUGGCCAGCAGAGCUCUCACUCUGGUCAGUCUUCCCACUAUGGCACAGGCAACUCAGGGUCAAGCCAGUCUUCUAGCCACAGGAGAAGCAGGUCUACAUCACGGGAGUCUUUUGGCUCUCAACAGUAUGGGUCUGGCUCAAGAGGAGCUUCUGGCUUCAGUCAACAUGGAUCUGGGCAAAGCCAGUCUUCUCGUGGUGGCCAGCAUGGUUCUUUCUCUGGACAGUCAACAGGUAGUCGUCAGCAUGGGUCUGGCUCCAGCCAGUCCUCUAGCUAUGGUCAGCAGGAAUCUGGCUCAGGUCAGUCUCCCAGCUUUGGCCAGCAGAGCUCUCACUCUGGUCAGUCUUCCCACUAUGGCACACACAACUCAGGGUCAAGCCAGUCUUCUCACCACAGGAGACACAGCUCUGGCUCAGGACAGCCUUCUGGUUUAGGUCAGUAUGGGUCUACAUCAGGACAGGCUUCUGGCUCCAGCAGGCAAGGAUCUGGACAAGGUCAGUCAUCUAGUACCGGACAAUAUGGUACUUCAUCAGGACAGUCUUCAGGAUGUGGUUCAGGUCAGUCCACUAGCUAUGGACAACAAGGGUCAUCAGGAAGAAGUCAGUCAUCUAGUCACAGGCCAAGCCGGUCUAGCUCAUCAGAGUCUUUUCGCUCCCAACAGUAUGGGUCUGGCUCAAGAGGAGCUUCUGGCUUCAGUCAACAUGGAUCUGGGCAAAGCCAGUCUUCUCGUGGUGGCCAGCAUGGUUCUUUCUCUGGACAGUCAGCAGGCUCUAGUCAACAUGGAUCUUGUUGCGGUCAGUCCUCUAGCUACGGUCAGCAGGAAUCUGGCUCAGGUCAGUCUCCCAGCUUUGGCCAGCAGAGCUCUCACUCUGGUCAGUCUUCCCACUAUGGCACAGGCAACUCAGGGUCAAGCCAGUCUUCUAGCCACAGGAGAAGCAGGUCUGCAUCACGGGAGUCUUUUGGCUCUCAACAGUAUGGGUCUGGCUCAAGAGGAGCUUCUGGCUUCGGUCAACAUGGAUCUGGGCAAAGCCAGUCUUCUCGUGGUGGCCAGCAUGGUUCUUUCUCUGGACAGUCAACAGGUAGUCGUCAGCAUGGGUCUGGCUCCAGCCAGUCCUCUAGCUAUGGUCAGCAGGAAUCUGGCUCAGGUCAGUCUCCCAGCUUUGGCCAGCAGAGCUCUCGUUCUGGUCAGUCUUCCCACUAUGGCACACACAACUCAGGGUCAAGCCAGUCUUCUCACCACAGGAGACACAGCUCUGGCUCAGGACAGCCUUCUGGUUUAGGUCAGUAUGGGUCUACAUCAGGACAGGCUUCUGGCUCCAGCAGGCAAGGAUCUGGACAAGGUCAGUCAUCUAGUACCGGACAAUAUGGUACUUCAUCAGGACAGUCUUCAGGAUGUGGUUCAGGUCAGUCCACUAGCUAUGGACAACAAGGGUCAUCAGGAAGAAGUCAGUCAUCUAGUCACAGGCCAAGCCGGUCUAGCUCAUCAGAGUCUUUUGGCUCCCAACAGUAUGGGUCUGGCUCAAGAGGAGCUUCUGGCUUCAGUCAACAUGGAUCUGGGCAAAGCCAGUCUUCUCGUGGUGGCCAGCAUGGUUCUUUCUCUGGACAGUCAGCAGGCUCUAGUCAACAUGGAUCUUGUUGCGGUCAGUCCUCUAGCUACGGUCAGCAGGAAUCUGGCUCAGGUCAGUCUCCCAGCUUUGGCCAGCAGAGCUCUCACUCUGGUCAGUCUUCCCACUAUGGCACAGGCAACUCAGGGUCAAGACAGUCUUCUAGCCACAGGAGAAGCAGGUCUACAUCACGGGAGUCUUUUGGCUCUCAACAGUAUGGGUCUGGCUCAAGAGGAGCUUCUGGCUUCAGUCAACAUGGAUCUGGGCAAAGCCAGUCUUCUCGUGGUGGCCAGCAUGGUUCUUUCUCUGGACAGUCAACAGGUAGUCGUCAGCAUGGGUCUGGCUCCAGCCAGUCCUCUAGCUAUGGUCAGCAGGAAUCUGGCUCAGGUCAGUCUCCCAGCUUUGGCCAGCAGAGCUCUCACUCUGGUCAGUCUUCCCACUAUGGCACACACAACUCAGGGUCAAGCCAGUCUUCUCACCACAGGAGACACAGCUCUGGCUCAGGACAGCCUUCUGGUUUAGGUCAGUAUGGGUCUACAUCAGGACAGGCUUCUGGCUCCAGCAGGCAAGGAUCUGGACAAGGUCAGUCAUCUAGUACCGGACAAUAUGGUACUUCAUCAGGACAGUCUUCAGGAUGUGGUUCAGGUCAGUCCACUAGCUAUGGACAACAAGGGUCAUCAGGAAGAAGUCAGUCAUCUAGUCACAGGCCAAGCCGGUCUAGCUCAUCAGAGUCUUUUGGCUCCCAACAGUAUGGGUCUGGCUCAAGAGGAGCUUCUGGCUUCAGUCAACAUGGAUCUGGGCAAAGCCAGUCUUCUCGUGGUGGCCAGCAUGGUUCUUUCUCUGGACAGUCAGCAGGCUCUAGUCAACAUGGAUCUUGUUGCGGUCAGUCCUCUAGCUACGGUCAGCAGGAAUCUGGCUCAGGUCAGUCUCCCAGCUUUGGCCAGCAGAGCUCUCACUCUGGUCAGUCUUCCCACUAUGGCACAGGCAACUCAGGGUCAAGCCAGUCUUCUAGCCACAGAAGAAGCAGGUCUACAUCACGGGAGUCUUUUGGCUCUCAACAGUAUGGGUCUGGCUCAAGAGGAGCUUCUGGCUUCGGUCAACAUGGAUCUGGGCAAAGCCAGUCUUCUCGUGGUGGCCAGCAUGGUUCUUUCUCUGGACAGUCAACAGGUAGUCAUCAGCAUGGGUCUGGCUCCAGCCAGUCCUCUAGCUAUGGUCAGCAGGAAUCUGGCUCAGGUCAGUCUCCCAGCUUUGGCCAGCAGAGCUCUCACUCUGGUCAGUCUUCCCACUAUGGCACACACAACUCAGGGUCAAGCCAGUCUUCUCACCACAGGAGACACAGCUCUGGCUCAGGACAGCCUUCUGGUUUAGGUCAGUAUGGGUCUACAUCAGGACAGGCUUCUGGCUCCAGCAGGCAAGGAUCUGGACAAGGUCAGUCAUCUAGUACCGGACAAUAUGGUACUUCAUCAGGACAGUCUUCAGGAUGUGGUUCAGGUCAGUCCACUAGCUAUGGACAACAAGGGUCAUCAGGAAGAAGUCAGUCAUCUAGUCACAGGCCAAGCCGGUCUAGCUCAUCAGAGUCUUUUGGCUCCCAACAGUAUGGGUCUGGCUCAAGAGGAGCUUCUGGCUUCAGUCAACAUGGAUCUGGGCAAAGCCAGUCUUCUCGUGGUGGCCAGCAUGGUUCUUUCUCUGGACAGUCAGCAGGCUCUAGUCAACAUGGAUCUUGUUGCGGUCAGUCCUCUAGCUACGGUCAGCAGGAAUCUAGCUCAGGUCAGUCUCCCAGCUUUGGCCAGCAGAGCUCUCACUCUGGUCAGUCUUCCCACUAUGGCACAGGUAACUCAGGGUCAAGCCAGUUUUCUAGCCACAGGAGAAGCAGGUCUACAUCACGGGAGUCUUUUAGCUCCCAACAUUAUGGGUCUGGCUCAGAGGGGGCUUCUGGCUGUAAUCAUCAUGGAUCAGGACAAGGUCAGUCCUCUCAUAAUGAGCGAUGUAGCUCUUCCUGUGGACAGUCAGCAAGGUAUAAUCAGCAUAGAUCUAUGUCUGGUAAAUCUUUUACCCAUGGACAGCAUUGUUCCUCAUCCGGACAAUCACCAUGCUGUAGUCAUUCUGAAUAUAGCUCAGUUCAGUCAUCUAACUGUGGUCAGCAUGGUUCUCUUUCACAGCAAUCUUCUAGCUAUGACCGGCAAAGAAAUGGGCCACAUCAGCCUUCUUUCUGUUGUAGUCAUGAGUCUACCUCUGGUGCAUCUUCUAAAUUUGGACAGUGUGGGUCUGGUUCAGUAGAGUGUUCUCACUUUGGUGAACAAGGACCUAGUUCAUGUCAGUCUACCUGUGGGUAUCAUGGGUCCAGUAGUCAAUCUUCUUACUCUGGACCAUAUAGUCCAACAUCAGGACAGUCAUACUGUGGGAGUCAGUGUGGAUCUAAUUCAAAUCAGUCUUCCAGCUACUGUCAACAAGGAUCUGGUUCAAGUCAGUCUUCUAACUAUGGCCAACAUGGAUGUUCUGCAAGUCAUCACUCUAAUCAGAGCCAACAUGGUAUUGGUUGUAGUCAGGGUUUUAUCUCUGAACAAUAUGGGUCUGGUUUCUAUCCCUCUUCUGUCUCUGGACAAAAUUGUCCCAGAUCUGGUCUGUGUCCUAGUUCACAACAAUAUGAGUCUUGUUCACGUCCCUCAUUUAGCUCUGGAUCAUGUGUUUCUGGAUAUGGUCAAUAUUCUAGUUACGUGCAACCUCAAUCAAACAGGAAAUAUGGACAAUUUACACCUUCACGUAGAUUCAGUAGAUCUAGUGUUACUGGUAAAUUAUCACUUUGUAAUGUGGACAAUAGACAAGGCGACUCUGACUAUCACAAAGUCAGAGAAGGCAACUCUGAAGUAAAAAAUACAGUUUCAGGUUCUCAUAGUAGCACUCCACUCUAUGAGUAUGUCCAAGAGCAGAGACGCUAAUUCUCAGAGUGAGUAAAGGACUGAGGUAAAAUUAACUUAAAUGUUAAUUUAAGAAAUGAGAAUUGUUCUAGGUAAGAAACCUGUCAUGCAAUUCCUUUCUCAAUUUGGACAUAUCUGCUCUCAUCCUUUUAAAAUGCAAAUUAGCCUAUAUUCCUUGUUAUUGAAUUCCUUCCAAAUAAUGUAUGAUUGUUGGGAUACUCAGUUAAGAUCUAUUGCAGUGGAUAAAUGCUUAGUUUAAGGGGAUUAAGUUUGAAAGAAUAAUUUAAAGAGUAUGGGUUUUAGUUAAGGUAUCUAUGUGAAGGAUUAUUAUUUAGUUAAGGAUAAUGCUAAAGUUAAGCUUAUGGUUUUAAAGGGCAAUAUGUUAUAAGUGUGUUAUCACUCCAGUCACCAAAGCUUUACUCUACAUCAACAUACAGUCUAAUUUUAAUGUAUAUUAUGUUAGAUUGCAAGAGAAAGACAAAUACACAGAUAUAUAUAUAUAUAUAUAUAUAUAACUUUAUCACAGCAGAGAUAUCUGGGUUUCCAUUUGUAAUAAACUGUUUCAGAGUGGAAAAUUUUAGACAUACUACAGCAUGGACAUACAAGUAGUUUACUGGUCUUCCCAAUGUUAUUGUCGAAAUAUCAUCAAUAACAAAGAUGGACAACAAGCUUGCCAUUGUUAUUCUUUGUUCACUGUAAUGUAUUUGUUUCAAGUCUUUGGAUUUAAAUAACUGGACUGCAUAAUAUUUACAAUAAAUUA